UAUAUUGGACACUUGCUUUAUCUCCACUUGCAGACAGACAGAUAUCCUCUUUUUCUGCUUCUUGAAAGCAAAAUAGAAAUUUUGAGCUUUUACUUUUUUCUGGUUUAGUAUAGUAGUCAUCAUAAUAAGGUGGGUGACAAGAUCAUGGACAACGUCCUGGAAAUUGGAUUCAGAUUCCUCCCACCAGAUGAAGAAAUCAUCAGUUUCUUUCUUAAGAAAAAGAUAAUGGGUGAUCAUAAAGCCACCCGCUAUAUCAGAGAGGUCGACCUCCUCAAGCAUGAGCCCUGGCAAUUACCUGCCAUGUCUGUAGUACAGUCCACCUAUCCAGAAUGGUUGUUCUUCUAUAAACUCAACAAGAUUUCCCAGAGAAAAAACGAUCGUUCUACCAACGAUGGGUAUUGGAAAUCAACGGGUGCGGAUCGUCCCAUCACUUGUGGAGAUAGUGUGAUUGGUACCAAGAAGACUUUGGUUUUCUAUAAAGGCCGUACCCCUAAUGGGCUCAGAACCGAUUGGGUCAUGCAUGAGUUCCGCGCCACUGCCGGCUCCUUGCCCCCUAAUGCGGAUAACAGUUAUGUGGUCGGCUACUUAAGGGACAAUGCUGCUGAGAAAAAUGAAUACUUGAUUUCGAAUGUUGGUCAGCAAUGUCCACGUUUUUCAGCUUCUAGUUCCCCAGAUAAUGCAGUUGGGGCUACGUCUAUGGAGUCCAACAGUAUGGAUUCUGAUAUUGCUUUGCUGAAAUUUAUGGAAGAGGAAGGAAUGUUUGAUUCUGAUCUCUCACCAUCCCGUGGCUUGCACAGUUUCCCAUCAUCCAGUGCCAUUUUCAAUAAUGACCAGAGCAGGAUUGAAGAAGAACGUUUCUCCUUGGAGGAUUUUGAUUACCAACAGUCUGAUGACUUGGUUGAAGGUCAAUUCGUAUACACCAUUGAUGAUGAAAUGGAAUUCUAUGAUGCUCUGUUUCAUAAUCCAGAUGAACGUACCAAUGCAGAAGCUGAGUACAGGGACAAUGCAUGGCAUGAUCAAAUUGUUCAUAUGUCUGAUGGGACUUGCCAUGGCCAUUCGGAAGGACUCAAUCAGAGGCGAAUGGAAACAGGGGUUCAUCAUGAUGAGGUCCUGAUAAUGGAUUCUGGGGUUGAAUCAGCGACAGUUACAGCCUAUGAGAUCAAUUGUCUUGAACUGGUCCAGGAGGAAAGGUCUGUUAACUCAAGAGCAUGCAAAUCUGAAUACGAGCCAAUAUUCCACAAGUCAGCGAUGCUGAGGCAUCCUAGAAGAGUCCGAUUGCAGGAUAAAUCUUUAGGGAAAGCAGUGUCCAGAGACAAGACAAGAGAGAGUGGCAUACGUGGUCCUGCUGUUCAACCUGUCCAGGACAAGAAAUCCAUAUUGCAGGCUAACAAAGGCCCUAAAAUGGACCGGGACAGGAAUACAAAAUUGAUUUUGAACUCGAGAUCUAAAGGAUCAUCUGGAAGCAGUAGAAAAAAUUCUUUCAAUUUCGUGGAGAUGUCCCAGCUAAGCUGCAAAGCAGAUCCACCAUUAGUAUAUUUUAUAAAUUUAGUUUUGGGCUUGAUUCUGUUCGUAGUUUUAGUUAGACACGUUAUGUUUCUUAGAUAGUUAAGACGUGUGUGUUUCCAGCAUUCCAUUAUAGUAAGACAUGCAUGGUCUAGAUUGCUAUUCUUGUGUCUCAUCUGUGAUGGAAAUUGGAAUAAUGGCCGUGUAAAGAGUUAUCUUUACAGUUAAGCUGAUGAUAUCUGUAGUUAAGUCGAAAAAAGCUAAAUAUUUCCAGAGCCAUGUUUUUUUUUUAAAUUAUAAUAAAAAAUAUUUAGUUGUCUGUGGAA